GUGAGGAACAGAGAGAGUGUCUCUCCUUCGUUGGUGUGUUGUGUUGUGUUACAGACAGAAAGAUGAGCGGCGGUGGUGGGUCUUCCAGUUUUAGGGUUCCGAUCCCAAACAAUGUGCGCAAAAUCAUCCAAGACAUUCGUGAGAUCACCGGCAAGCAGCACACCGACGACGAAAUCUACGCCGUCCUCCGAGAAUGCUCCAUGGAUCCCAAUGAGACCGCUCAGAAGCUUCUCUAUCUAGAUACUUUUCAUGAGGUAAAGAGGAGACGUGACAGAAAGAAGGAGGGAUUAACCAGCAGGGCUUCUGACGAGUCUAGGUUAAAGCAAGGUGGACAAGGGAGGGGGGGAAGGGGUGCUUCUGGAGGACAUUCCUCUAACUUUCCUGAUGGUGGUGGUGGGAGGAACCUAGCUAAUCGAAGGGAAAAUGGAGUCAGUCACAUUGCAGAGAGAAGUCAUGCUCCCCCUACUCAGUCAGUUUUGCAGAAAACCAAGACUAAUACAUCUCAAGCUACAAGAGUUUCAGCUGCUGCAUCCCAUGGUGCUGCAAAUCAAUCCAAUGGAAAGUCGGGUCACGGUUCUGCUGGCCAAUCUCCCAUAGUUAGUGUACCUAAAAGUAGUUCAGCUUCUAAUGACAUUGGCUAUCAAGAAAAUGUUGAACCUCAAGCUGUUGUUGUUGCAGCAGCCUCUUCCCCUACUCAAACCUUUAGCUCAGUUACCAGUACCAACCAAGGAAAGUCUCUGUCAAGUUCUGAUCAACUUCAAACUUCUGUAUCCAGUGUCCAUUCCUCUUUGGAUCCUGUAGUAGCAUCAUCUGUCUCCAGGAAUCCAGGUGUCAGUGGUGCUAUUAGUUGGGAAGUUGGGAGCAACCAGAUAUCUGCUGGACCAAAUCAUGUUAAAGGAAAUACAGUUGUUGUUUCUGAAGUUAAUGAUUUAUCAGCAUCCAAUAAUGAAAAAUCUGGGUCCGUGAAUUCAAUGUGCAAAACAAAUGCCCCACAGAAGUCAAAUGAAGUUAAAAAUAAUUGGUUAUCUGAAUCCUCACAACUGUCAUCUCCAUCAUCCCCAAAUGAUUCAUUGAGGCCAUCUUCCAGUUCUGGUAGCCAGCCACCACUAGCUAAUAUCACAGAGGUUUCAACUUCAGAAGCUUGUGUGGUGCAAUCUUCAUCAGAAUUGAGGCAACAUGUUACUUUUCCAAACCAUUUCCAAGUACCCAAGGCUUUAAAAAGUGGUCUGACAUUUGGAAGCUUUGAUACUUUUGGCCCAAGUGAAAAAUCUAACAGUGGAACUGGUGGUGAAAAUAACACUUCUGCUCUUGAAUCUUCACUAGGAAGUGGCGAAGCUGCAACUUCAAGCAAUCAAAGUGCAUCAUUGACUGCACAAGGAGAUCAUCUUGAUUAUCCACAUUCGACAUCUUAUUUGAUUGAAAAGACACCAGCUACAGAAGGCAAUUCUAUAUCUGGUACUGACACAAAGGUUGAUCAGCCAAAGGAGAUUUUGUUGGCUCCUGAAGGCCAUCAAAUUCCAACUGUUCAAACUGCUCAAAACUAUGGUUUGAAUUUCAUGUCCACCAUGUUAGGCACUCAGCAAGUUCAAUUUGAGGGAACUGAGCCUCAGUCACAAGAUACAUCUCGUUUUCCCAACUUUGUUAACGCAAGUUCUCAGGCUGUAUCCCCUAGCCCAACUCCACCCCUGCAGAGUUCUAUACCUGUGUCUCCACAGUCAGUUUCUAUUUUCAGGCCACCACCAUACCCUACUAACUUCUUCCCUUAUAGCCACUAUUACCCUCCAAUUUAUGUGUCUCCCAUACACCAAUUUUUAAGCCACAAUGGUUUCCCUCAACAGCCAUCAGCUGGCAACAUGUAUCUUCCAGCAGCUGCUGGGAUCAAAUUCCCUCUCCCUCAAUUCAAGGCAGGAGCAAACACAGGAAAUGCAGCUCAUAUUGGAAUUCCUUCCGGAUCAUUUAUCGCUCCCCCAGUAGGAUAUGCACCUAGUCCAACAGUUAACACUGGAAGCUCCACUGGAAAUGAAGAUCUUGCAGUGUCUCAGUUAAAGGAAAACCAGAUCUAUACAACAGGGCAGCUGAGUGAAGGCUCUGCAGUGUGGAUACCUGCACCUGGCCAAGACUUAUCUAGUUUGCAAGUUAAUUCUCUGUAUAACCUUGCCCCUCAGGGACAACAUCUCACCUUUCCCCCAACACAGGCUGCUCAUGGGGCAUUUGCAGGCAUCUAUCAAGCAGGGCAGACAGUAGCUACACCAUCAACGCUUUUGCAACAAUCUCAGGCUGUAGCUGGGCCAGUUGAAACUGUAGGGCCCCCUUCAGGAUCCUAUCAGCAGCCUCAGCCUGCACCGAUCAAUUGGAACUCUAAUUUUUAGGCUGGAAAACAUUUUCUUGGUGAUGAUGUUCAUAUGCACAAAUGAUGUGCUCAGAUGCAGGAAAUAUGAUCACUGGCCUGAUCUGAAGUGUAAAUAAAAAUGCGGCCAAGAAUGAGAAAAGAAAAUUAGUGACUGUUUUUGGUGGAGAUAUUUGGUGCUAACGAUUUUGAAGGGUGCUAGUUGCAGGUUUUCUUUUAUUUUUUGUUUUAAAUUUUUGAGCCUUCAGUUUAUUUAUCCCUCACCUCUUCUUUACCCGAGAGAACAUUUAGUUGUUGCUUUAAGAAACUUGGUAAUUCCUAGUGAUAAUUUACUAAGCCAAGAGUUGGUAGGUGAGAUUUACCAAUUUUUCCUUUCUAAAUUCUCACCUGUAUAUUACAUUUUGAUAUCAGAGGACAUUGAAUUAUACAGUUUUAUUUGGAGCAUGAGAAUUGUGAUAUCUAUUUUUCAGUAGCACAUUUCCAGUCUCAACUUCAGAAGACUUACCUGAUUUGGCAUGGAGGAACAUGCAUGUGUA